CCAACGCUUCAGAGGAGAUCCCUGGGGACCUCGACGCACCCAAACGGCAACAUGGCGUACCAGCACAAGCUGGCCGAGAAGCUGACCGUCCUGAACGACAGGGGCCGCGGGGUGCUGCUGCGACUGAACUACAUCAAGAAGACAUGUACGGAUCCCAAACUCAGGCCUUCCUUUCUGGCAGACAAGGCCAUGGAGCCUGCGAUAAAAUACAUCAACAAAAAAUUCCCCAACAUCGACUUCAGGGGAAGCAGCCAACAGCUGAGCAGCAUUCAGAAGCAGAAGACGGCCGUGCUGGAGGGGCUGAGGAGCUACUACGAGUCCUUCAUCGACAUCUUGGAGUUCAGGGACCAUGUGUAUGAAUUGCUGAAUACAAUAGAUGCAUGCCAGUGCUUCUUCAAUAUUGUAGUGAACUUUGACUUCACAAAGAACUACAUGGACCUGGUGGUGACCUACGCCUCAGUCAUUCUGGUGCUUUCUCGCAUUGAUGACAAGAAGGCCCUAGUGGGCAUGUAUAACUGUGCCCAUGAGAUGUCCAAUGGAAGCAGCGAUCCUGCCUACCCUCGCCUUGGACAGAUGCUUGUGGAGUACGAUCACCCAAUGAAAAAACUCACUGAGGAGUUUGGCCCUCAUACCAAGGCGGUGACGGAGGCGCUGCUCUCGCUGCAGCUGGUGUUCCCGCGCAGGAACCUGCAGGCGGAGCAGUGGCGCGGUGCCCAGCUCCUCAGCCUGCUCAACAGCCCUGCCACCAUGCUCUCACCAGCCUCCUGUGAUACGAUGGCCUGUGAGUAUCUGUCCUUAGAAGUGAUGGAGCGCUGGAUCAUCUUGGGCUUCCUGCUGUGCCACAGCAGCCUGAACACCAACCAGGCCUCGCAGGAGCUGUGGAAGAUGGGCCUCCGCAGCGGCCUGGUGCUCACGCUCGUCAGGGACGAGACCAUCAACAUCCACAAGUUCACAGAGGACUUCUUUGACGGCCUGAAAGGAUACAGCAAGAGGGUGGCUGACAUCAAAGAGUGCCGGGAGAACGCCAUAGCCAACUGUGGAGCUAUACACCGAGAGAAAAGACACUUUCUGAGGGGUGCGCUGAAGGAGCUGUGCAAAGUGCUGGAAGAUGAGCCCAGGCUGCUGGGCCCAAAGGCACUGUUUGUAUUCAUGGCCCUGUCAUUCUCCCGUGACGAAGUCCUCUGGCUGGUUAGGCACAGUGAGAACGUCCCAAAAACCAAGACCCCCGAAGACUACGUGGACUCGCAUAUGGCAGAGCUCCUGUUCCACAUGGAGAGACUGCAGACUCUCCUGCAACAGCAUAAGGCGAUCAUAGAUCGUUAUCAUCUCCUCUACUUGUGCCAGUUUGAUGCACUGGUGAUCAAUGACACCAUUCAGAGUCUUUAUGUCUGUCCAGAAGAGGAGUCCGUGCUGAUGUCAUCGUUUGUGUCUGCUUUGUCAGGGCUCAAUGUCAAGCAAGUGGAGAAUGGAGAAGAGUUUGAUUUCAGAGCUCUCAGAAUGGACUGGCUGCGCUUACAGGCGUACACCAGUGUGGUCAAAGCCCCUCUGUCUCUGAAAGAAUCACCGGACCUGGCCAAGAUCAUGAACAUGACGCAGUUCCACACCAGAGUGAUGGACGACAUGGACGGCCUCCUGCAGGAGACGGCAGAGCUGUCCAUCCUCUGCUUCUACCCGCGGGUGUAUGAGAAGAUGUUCUACCAGAGCAGUGAGGCCGUGCCCAUGCAGAGGUACCUCAUGGCCUUCCCUCUCCUCUGCUCGCACUUCAGCCAGAGCACACACCCCAUGUGCCCAGAGGAGGCGGACGCGAUCGAGAGCAGGAGCCUAAAACUGUGCGUAACCUUCCUGGAGGAGAUUGCCAAACAGACCAGCACGGUCGUCCUGGAAAUCUGCGCCGAGCAGUGCAACCUCAACGACCAGCUUCUGCCAAAGCACUGUGCGGAGACUAUCAGCAAAGCCCGUAAUAAGAAGCUGAAGAAGCCCAUGCCCAAGAAGGGCGAGGUGCCCAAAGACAAGCCUGGCACAGAGAGUCAUAGGAAGGACAGGGGUCUUGUGACCAAUAUGGAUAAGAUGCAUCUGACCUUAUCAGAGCUCUGCACAGCCUUCGCCCACUACUCUGACUUCAUAGUCUUCAACCACAUGAUCGUUCCUGCUGAGUUCCUGAUAUCCCAGCUUGACAUCAGACUUAGCAAGAUCAUCGUGCAAAUGGCCAAUUACAACCAGACCACCCAGGAGAUCUCGCGGCCCUCGGACCUGCUGUCCGCCGUGCGGGCCUACACCACCAGCCUGCAGACGCUGAGCCGCUACGUUCACCUGGACGUGACGCGCCUGGUGAAGAGCGUCCUGCUGCAGCAGACCCAGCCUCUGGACUCGCGCGGGAGCCAGACCAUCACCACGCUCUACACCAACUGGUACCUGGAAAGCCUUCUACGGCAAGCCAGCAGCGCGCUCAUCCUGCACUGCCCCACAAUGCAUUGCUUUGUCAACCAGCCCACCGAGACUGAGCAAAGCUUCCGUGCAGAUCAGUUCUCAGACAUCUGUGAAAUGCGAGCCCUGGCUGAACUCCUGGGGCCCUACGGGCUGAAGUUUCUCAGCGAAAACCUGAUGUGGCACAUCACCUCACAAGUUGCUGAACUCAAGAAACUUGUCAUGGAGAACAUGGAUAUCCUCGUACAGAUGAGAGCCAAAUUCGACAAACCCGAAGAGAUGUCCAGUCUUCAGAAGAGACUAACAGGAUGUGAAAACGUCCUGAAACGGAUGACGAUCAUCGGGGUUAUUCUGUCUUUCAGAGCCAUGGCCCAGAACUCACUGGAGGAUGUCAUGCACAGGCGUUGCCCUUUUCUCAUGGGACCUAUCCAAUCUCUGCGGGACUUUGUGCACCCGGACACUGACAUCAAGGUCUCACUCAGCGUGUAUGAGCUGGCGUCUGCAGCUGGCUUGCAAUGUAAUAUUGACCCGACCUUGGUUGCCGCUAUCGCUAGCAUGCGAACAGACAACUCAUCCAAGGAAGAAGAAUGCAAGCUGGCAAGUCUGCUACUGAUCUUCAUCGCAGUGUCACUGCCCAUCUUAGCUCUUGACACCAACUCAUUCUACAGUCGAGAGCAAGGAGGACAUCAAAACAACAUCCACUGCCUGGCUGUGGGCAUCAACCAUCUGUCCGCCGCCAUGUUCACUGCCCAGAAUGACAACAUUCAGCAGCAUCUGAAAGAGUUCCUCUUGGUGGCGUCUUCAACUCUACUGCAGCUGGGCCAGAGUGUGGAGAAGCCCGAGAACAAGAACAGAGACUCUGUCUACAUUCUCUUGCACCUGAUAGUGGAGGGUUCUCCGUUCCUGACUCAGGACAUGCUUGAGAGCUGUUUCCCAUACGUUCUCCUGCGCAACGCCUACAGAGAGGUAUACAAGACCUUCAUUCAUACCGUUGGCUGAUCCACUCCGCAAACCAACCCAAGUCACCAGAACAGCAUGAAAACACCUGGGCUUUGGUUAUGACUCACACAGAGCAC